AUGGGGUGGGCAUCGGUGCUGGCAGGAGUAGGGAUGGCCGUCGGACCGCCCCUGGCGUACGGGGACCAAUACUGGUCGAUCAACAAGAAGCACGACAGUCGAGGCUUCUCUAUCGACGUCUGUGCGAUCCUGAUCAUCGCAAACCUCACGAGGCUCGUCUACUGGCUCGGCAAGCGAUCACUACCAAACGUACCUCCUAGUCCAGUCCAUCCUCAUGGUCGUCGCCCAGUUCGGCCUCCUUUACGUCUGCCUCAAGUACCGACCGCGCGACUGGGACGAGACGCGGCCGUACCGCAUCGCCAACUUCUGGCAGUGGCCGAACUUUGGAGCCUACCUCGAGUUCUCGGCUAUCCUCGUCGUCGCUCAUUCGGUCCUCUUCCUCCUGCUCCAUCGCUUCGACUUCUACGUCCAGCUGCUCGGCUUGAUCGCGCUAGGUCUGGAGGCUACACUCCCCAUCCCGCAAGUCCUCGCCAACUACCACGCCAAAUCGACCGCCGGAUUCCGUCCUUCAGUCCUCGCAGGCUGGUGCGGCGGCGACGCCUUCAAGCUCGUCUACUUCUUCGUCACGCCGAACCCGUGGCAAUUCAGGGCGUGCGCGGCGUUCCAGUUCGGCGUCGACAUCGUCCUCUGCGUCCAGACGUUCCUGUUCCGCCACAAGACCGCCGCCGACCUUCGCGAGCGAGCCGAGUUGCGCGAUACAGCCGGAGUAGCAGGCGCCGAGGCGCUGCUAGAAUCGCAAGGGGACAGGCAUGA